CUCCCUCAAAUAACCACCAAACAGUGGAAAUCGGCAUGGAAGGCGGUCAUACAUAACCAAAGGGCGCGGAAGUUUCCCCAGAGAUAUGUUUAAAUGAUUUUCUUGGCUUAGCGCGCAUUAGCAGGACACAAUAACAGAAGGGCGCCCUUCACAUCAAAUUCUCUUAUCUUCCCAUUCGGACCAUUUGGACUCAAACCACACGAUAUCAUGACUUCAUUACAGCAAUCCCCCGCGCUACCCUGCCCGUGGAGAGAGACACCCCUGAACCGCUCGACCCUGCUGUCCAAGCACGCAGGGUGCCAAGUGUACCUCAAACUGGAAAACCUCCAGCCAUCUGGCUCCUUCAAGUCGCGCGGCAUAGGAAACUUCCUGCGUAGCCACCUGGCAUCUGCCAAUGCAGAAGAUCGACACCUCACGCACUUCUACAGCUCGAGUGGCGGCAAUGCGGGUCUGGCAUGCGUUCAUGCCGCCGUCACGUUGGGCGCCGCGGCGACUAUCGUCGUGCCGAUGACGACCUCGGCGUACACCAUGGACAAAAUGCGCGCUGCGGGAGCUACGGAGGUCCUGCAGGAGGGUGCAUCCUGGUAUGAAUGCGAUCAGUACCUGCGAGAAACAGUCAUCCCGCGGGCGAAAGAGGCGGGGGAGAUUCCGGUGUAUGUUCCACCGUUCGAUGCCUCGGAGAUUUGGGAAGGUCAUGCUACGCUGGUGGGGGAAACACUUGCGCAGAUGAAUCAGGAUGGCCCGCCGGAUGCAAUUGUGUGUAGUGUUGGCGGGGGCGGUCUUUUUUGCGGUAUCGUGCAGGGCUUGGAGAGGGCUGGACUCGAGAAUGUCCCUGUGUUGGCGGUUGAGACUGAAGGUGCACAUUCUCUUGCUUUGUCGCUCGAUAAGGGCGAGCUGUCGACAUUACCGGGAAUUACGAGCAUUGCGACAACUUUGGGUGCGAGGACGGUUGCGCCACAAGCUUUUGAAUACGGUCAACGGCCAAACGUCACGAGCGUUGUGCUUCCAGAUCACGCCGCGAAGGAAGGUUGUGUGAGGUUCGCGGACGAUGAGCGGAUUAUGGUCGAGGCUGCUUGUGGUGUAAGCAUGGCUCUGUGCUACGGCGGUAGGUUGAAGAAGUAUCUUCCUAACCUGACGGAAAAGAGCAAGGUGGUGUUCGUCGUCUGUGGUGGCAGUAAUAUCACUGCUGAGAUGCUGAGCAAAUGGACUGCUGAACUGAAGGAGUAAAGGGGCUAUCAAGCACUAAAGAAGGAAUGAUCACCGGCAAAGUGUUGAGCAUUGCAGCUCCGCACAGUAUAGAGUCAUCUAGUGAUGUCCUUUAUCAGUAUUCUACAUUGAAAAAUACAUAU